CGCGCGCGGCUGCGAGCCUGCGGGACAUGCCCCCCGCGCCGGCUCCUUGCUGGCGGCCAUGAAGAGGCAGAACGUGCGGACUCUGUCCCUCAUCGUCUGCACCUUCACCUACCUGCUGGUGGGCGCCGCCGUCUUCGACGCCCUCGAGUCGGACCACGAGAUGCGCGAGGAGGAAAAACUCAAAGCGGAGGAGGUCCGGAUCAAGGGCAAGUACAACAUCAGCAGCGAGGACUACCGGCAGCUGGAGCUGGUGAUCCUGCAGUCGGAGCCGCACCGCGCUGGCGUCCAGUGGAAAUUCGCCGGCUCCUUCUACUUUGCCAUCACGGUCAUCACCACCAUAGGUUACGGGCACGCUGCUCCGGGCACGGACGCGGGCAAGGCCUUCUGCAUGUUCUACGCGGUGCUGGGCAUCCCGCUGACACUGGUCAUGUUCCAGAGCCUGGGCGAGCGGAUGAACACGUUCGUGCGCUACCUACUGAAGCGCAUCAAGCGGUGCUGCGGCAUGCGCAACACGGAGGUGUCCAUGGAGAACAUGGUGACCGUGGGCUUCUUCUCCUGCAUGGGGACGCUGUGCAUCGGGGCGGCCGCCUUCUCCCAGUGCGAGGAGUGGAGCUUUUUCCACGCCUACUACUACUGUUUCAUCACGUUGACUACCAUUGGCUUCGGGGACUACGUGGCCCUGCAGACCAAGGGCGCCCUGCAGAGGAAGCCGCUCUACGUGGCCUUUAGCUUUAUGUAUAUCCUGGUGGGGCUGACGGUCAUAGGGGCCUUCCUCAACCUGGUGGUCCUCAGGUUCCUGACCAUGAACAGCGAGGACGAGCGGCGGGACGCCGAGGAGCGCGCGUCCCUCGCCGGCAACCGCAACAGCAUGGCCAUCCACAUGCCCGAGGAGGCGCGGCAGGGCCGGCCCCGGUACAAGGCGGACGCGGCGGACCUGCAGUCCGUGUGCUCCUGCACCUGCUACCGCCCGCAGGAGUACGGUGGCCGCUCGGCGGCACAGCAGAACUCCUUCAGCGCCAAGCUCGCCCCCCAGUACUUCCACCCCAUCUCUUACAAGAUCGAGGAGAUCUCACCAAGCACACUAAAAAACAGCCUCUUCCCGUCCCCUAUUAGCUCCGUUUCUCCCGGGUUACACAGCUUUACCGACAACCACAGGCUGAUGAGACGGCGGAAGUCCAUCUAGGGUCUGGGGAGGGAAACAGACAGAAGUCAUUUGUCAUAGCUGACGUUAAGUCUCAUUGGCCCACCUUGUCUGAUUUAUUGAUUAUGCUUAUAUCCUUUACUGUUAUGAUCAUUGUCAUCACUUUUUCUUUCUCUCCUUCCCUCUUUCUUGGUUUCAUUUCUUCCCCACCUUCCCAGCGAGACAGAGCAGGCCAAAGGGAAAAAAGGAAAGGCCCGUCUUCCUGUGAAACUCGCAUCUGAGCAUGAAGCAUGGAUUUCUUCCUUCUUCCCAGCAAAGUAUGCCUUACAUUUCUCCCCAGCCCGCCCCACCUCUGGGGUGGCUUUCCCAGGACAGGUGUGAGACCCAGACAAGGAGACAGAGCCCAGAGGAUACCUGACCCAAAGUUGCACACGCGGCUGAGAGCCUCGAGUGCCCACCCACAGUGGUGUCUCUGACCCAACUCCUUUCUCUUUUCCUCCCCAAGCAGUGGGUGGCCGAAUGUGUGUGGUCUGAGCGUGUGUGAAUGAGUGCACACACCAGUGUGCUUCUGUGUGAUGUGACAAAAUGGAAAGUAUCAGGUAUUCAUCCUUCUCUUCCGUCACACAAUUUUGUUAAUAGCCUGCUUUCGGCUGCUUCCAAACAAAACGGGAAAACAAACAAAACCCACGAGGUUUUUGAUUUAUCAUCUUGCCAAAUCAAGCAUGUUCCACAAGCAGUCUUUAUCCCAGAUAUGUCAUGACCACAUUUUUAAAGUGCUAGAUUCUAAAUUAUAUUAACUUCUUUUUAGGGGGUGGGUGGGCAAGCCGACAAGGACCAUUUUAGCUUGCCAGUUCAAAAAUUUUUUAGACAAGCAUGCACUUUGUUAAACUGGUAUGCGUUAUCAACACAAGAAAACAAAACUAGCAAUGGAAUAAUCAAAAGCCAAUAAUAUUAAUUUAUUAGAGACAUUUUUAAUUUUACCAUCUCUAGUUCCAACAAUUUUCCAUGUAACUGGACGUGUUGGGGGAAACUGGAAAAUUGUUGCAACCACAGAGUAUUUUAUUUUCUCUUAUUUGUGUGAUGAUGAUGAUUUGUGUAGCAUCUACCUACAUGAAUAAGAAUUACAGUUCAGGAUGCUUGGAUGAGAAUGGGUAUUGGUAAGUGGAUGUGGUUUCUUUUCCUAAUGAAAAACGACAGGGCAUUCCUCAUUUUAAAGAAUAUAUAUAACGUAUUUUAAGAAA